UUAUAUUCCCAAAAUACAUUAAUUUUGCGAUUAAAUUAUAAUCAAAGAAUUUUGUUUUAAUCCAACUAAUUUAAUUAGUUCCUAAGUUAAAUUAAUUACAAUACGUAAAUUAGCCUUAUCUUAAGUAUAUAAAUGCAUAUUUAUUAUCCACCCUCCCUUUCCACGCCUUGCCUCUUCCUGCUCCUGUUUGAAAUCGUGAUUUUGCUAAUCUCGCCUUCACACGGGAGAGUGUUUGGGUCAGCAUGCGAGAAGAAUACAGACUGCAAAGACACCAAAUGGUGCAAUCAAGAGACGAAAAUGUGCGACUGUUUAGAACUGAAAUUUCCAGGAGUUUCCACAAUUCAGGUUUUUCACUCGGUGAAACGAGCCUGCUUCAGUCCAGAGGGGAGUUUGUGCUUUCUCCAGAAAAGGGACAUUUUUCAGUUAAACUGCGUCCCCCACGCGGAAUGUCACCGUGCCCCCCAAGUUGACCACCUGUCUGCCCAUUUCGGCCUUUGUACCUGUUCUCCAGGCUACGUCCGGGAUGAGAUACAUCUCUGUGAAGAAGAAGAGGAAAAGAAAGUCGUCGACUUAGAACUCGGUAACAUUUUCUCGUCACGAUUUAACGGCCGAGUCGGCCUACCAGCGGAAGCGGAAGGGAACCCGGUCCCACCUCGCGCCGAGAAGGUGAAAGAUGACCAGGAAAAUGAAAACAGAAAAUUCUGGAUAUCCGAAGCAAAACGGAAUAAAAUUAUCAAAUCAGACUCUUCCUCUGGGAGGGUGGCGUUAAGCGGUGUAAACUUUGCAAUUUUUACGACACUGGGAAUCUUGUGGAGGCUCAAUUUUUGUAGGAUUUUUUAAAUGAUGGGUCAGACUUCGAGGAGAUAAGUUUUAAGUGAUAUGAAAACAAUGCUUUAAUUUUAUAAGAUUUUAAACGCCUAGAAAAAUACGUACGCAAUUUACGUAAUUUUUGAACGGAAAAUAAACUAAUUAAAAAUCGA